AGGGGCAAAAGUACCGCUUCACCACUACACAGACUACAGUAUUUAUCAAUUUUCAACUCUACCUCUUCCUCAAACCAUUCUACGUUAUUCACAAGCACAAUCACUUAUUCACUUGGAACAAACAGAGAACACAAAAAUGUCUCUGGUUACAGAGGAAAUCAAGGCCAAGGCUGAGUACUACCAAGGGCAUCAGUUCUGUCAAGAGAAGUCAAAGUUUUUGCUCACAGAAAUGGGCUUGCCCAAUGGCUUAUUGCCACUGCAAGACAUUGAGGAAUGUGGGUAUGUGAAAGAAACUGGCUUUGUGUGGCUAAGGCAGAAAAGGAGCAUAACCCACAAGUUUGAAAAGAUUGGCAAGCUUGUUUCUUAUGCCACUGAAGUCUCAGCUUAUAUUGAGCACAAAAAAAUCAAGAGGCUUAGUGGGGUCAGGGCCAAGGAGCUUUUGAUUUGGGUUACACUCAAUGAAAUCUUUGUGGAUGAUCCUCCAACUGAUAAAAUUAUUAUCAAGAGUCUUACAGGGCUGUCCAGGACCUUGCCAGUUUCAGCUUUUGAAAUUGAGGAUGGAAAAGAUCUCUGAUUUUCAGAAGUAGCAUGAGUUCUAAAAAAGCUUUGUUUA